AUGGCAAUGGCAAUGGAAAAUAACAAAUCACUAUGUUUAACAUGUAAUGAAGACAAAAUAACAUUUCCUUGUAAAGGAUGUUCCAACGAAUUUUGUUUAACACAUUUAACAGAACAUCAAAACAAAUUACACGAUCAAUUAAAUCAUAUUAUUAAUGAUUAUGACCAAUUUAAAGAAAGAAUUAAUGAACAAAAACAAAAUCCACAGAAUCAUUCAUUAAUAAAACAAAUUAAUCAAUGGGAAAGAAAUUCAAUUGAAAUAAUUAAACAAAAAGCAAAAGAUUGUAGAGAAGUUCUCAUUGAAUCGUUACAAACAUGUAGUAAUGAUAUUGAAAAGAAAUUUAAUGAUUUAUCUGCACAUAUAAGACAAAUUCAAAAAGAAAACGAAUUUAAUGAAAUUAAUUUAAACUAUUUAAAAAAUCAAUUGAUAAAAGUUACAAAAGAAUUAAAUAAUCCAUCGAGUAUUUCUAUUCACCAAAAUUGGCAACCGUUUAUUAAUGAAAUUUCAAUUAUUUUAUCAAAAAAAUCAAAACUCAACAAAUGGAGCCAAAGUGCUAUUACUGUGGCUGGUAGAAAUGGAGAAAGACAGAAAUUAAAUCAACUCGAUCGACCUUUUGGAAUUUUUAUUGAUAAAAAGAAAAAUACUUUCAUUGCUGAUCGUUGGAAUCAUCGUAUUGUUGAAUGGAAAUGUAAUGCAAAGAAAGGACAAAUCGUUGCAGGUGGAAGUGGUAAUGGAAAUCGGAUCGAUCAAUUGUCUCAUCCAAUAGAUGUGCUUGUUGAUCAACAAAAUCAUUCGAUCAUCAUUGCUGAUUAUGGGAACAAACGAGUGAUUCAAUGGUUGAAUAAAAAGCAACUAAUUCUCAUUGAUAACACUGACUGUUGUGGCUUGGCAAUGGAUACACAUGGAUUCCUUUAUGUUUCUGAUCUUGUGAAGAAUGAAGUGAGACGAUGGAAAAUGGGUGAAUACAAUGAAGGAACUGUAGUAGCAGGUGGAAAUGGACAAGGAAAUCAACUUAAUCAACUCAACCGUCCUACUUUUAUCUUUGUUGAUGAAGAACAAUCUGUUUAUGUAUCAGAUGUAGGCAAUCAUCGUGUGAUGAAAUGGAGAAAAGAUGCAAAAGAAGGAACAAUUGUGGCUGGAGGAAAUGGUAAAGGAGGAAAUCUUAAUCAAUUAUCUUCACCUGAAGGAGUAAUUGUUGAUGAUUUGGGUCAAAUCUAUGUGGCAGAUUUUAAGAACAAUCGAGUAAUGUGUUGGUGUGAAGGAAAAGAAGAGGGUGAAAUUGCUGUUGGUGGAAAUGGUGGUGGAAAUCAGUCAAAUCAAUUCUAUGGUCCCAUUGGUUUAUCAUUUGAUGAUGACGGAAAUCUUUAUGUUUCUGAUCGUUGGAAUCAUCGAAUUGAAAAAUUUGAAAUAACUUUGUAA